CGAUUUACACUCACUCAGAGAGAGAGACACAGAGAGAGAGAGAGAGAGAGAGAGAGAGCGAUUUACACACACACACACACACAGAGCUGCUAUCCGCUGUACGAGCUAACGGUCGGAUAGACGGACGGAAAGAGAGAGAGAGAGAGAGGGACAUAUAGACAGACAGACGGACGGACAGACAGACAGGCGGAGGGAGGGAGGUAAACAUGGAGCUGUCUGCUGUCGGCGAGAGGGUUUUCGCGGCCGAGUCGAUCAUCAAGCGCCGAAUACGACGGGGUCGGAUGGAGUAUCUGGUGAAAUGGAAGGGCUGGUCGCCUAAGUACAGCACAUGGGAGCCUGAAGAAAACAUCCUGGACUCUCGCCUCUUCGCCGCUUUUGAAGAGAGGGAGCGUGAGAGGGAGCUGUUCGGACCCAAGAAGAGAGGACCCAAGCUUAAGACCUUUCUGAUGAAGGCCCAAGCGAAAGCCAAAGCCAGAUCCUAUGAGUUCCGAGGCGAGUCCUCGCGGAGCAUACGCAUCACCUACCCCAGCACGGACGCUCUGGCCGCCCCGAGGGCCAGAGAGGGCCUGCGGGCCGUCGUCCCUACCAUCUUCCCUCCUGGCACUGUCAACAGAGGUGAGAGCAUCCGGCUUCCACCUCCAGAGCCACCCAGAGAACUUUCCCCGCCGAGGCCCACCUCCGACGGCUUCAUCUACACGCCCAAAAAAAGAGGCCGCAAGCCCAAACUGCGCUUCAGCGACGGCUACUCGAGUGGGCUGCUGCAUCCGGACAAGGCGAAGAUGAGCACGGAGGAAUCGAUGUCCGGCAUACCGUCCAAAAUGGCGCGGCUUGAGCUGGGCGAGGACGAUGAGGACAGUGAGGACAGGUGCUCUGACCUGAGAGCCAUGAAGAUGUCCCACAGGCACCAGGCUUCUCCUGUGUACCCCUACAAACCCCACAGGAUGAUUCCGUCGAUGGAUUGGAGCCUUCACUCCAGCAGAAUGGCUGCAAACUUCCAGGACUGCAGGACUAGAGACCAUUUGAGCCAUUUGCACCGCAAGCACCUAAAGCACCUUAAACAUCUCAGCCACCACCGAGCGUUCGAGACUGUGGACCAGGCAGCCAGGCUGCAGCAGCAGAAGCCCACCCUCAUCGCCAAAAUCCCUGUGGCACGGAUUCUUGGCGAGCCGGAGGAGGAGGAGGAGGAAGACGAAGAAGACGAGGACACGUGGAGCCCCUGCUUCAGCAGUGUGGAGAAGGUCAUCGUCACGGAUGUGACGACAAACUUUUUGACCGUGACUAUCAAAGAGAGCAGCACAGACGAAGGCUUCUUUAAAGACAAGAGAUGACUGUAACCCUACUACAGCAUAUAAAAAUAUACAUAUGUAUUUAUAUAUAUAUAUAUAUAUGUGUAUAUAUAUAUAUAUACAUAGAUUUUGCCUUGUUUUUCUUCAUACAUCAAUUAAGAUGAAUGUUCUGUAGAUUGUACAUAAAAAUAUGAAAGAUUUUAUUCCAUUUUCUGUGUUAGACACUGUAUUUGACUGUCAUGGUGAAGCUGUGGACGAACUCAAGACGAUGGACGGAGAUUUGCAUGCACUAGAAACGCUGAGCUUUGAGCUAGCAGUUGUGUUUGUUUGCGGAUGUUUUGGCUCCCAGAGCUGCUUCGUUAUAAAAUAGACAAAGAUUUUUAUGAGAAAUCAUAUACUAAAUAUAAUAAGCUUCUGUGUUUCCAUUGUCUGUCCAAUUAAUGCUCGUUAAUAUUCAAGCAUUGUUUCACUUUAUUUGCUUUAUGUGCACAGGUUGCAUUACACUUGCAACGAACUAGUUACUCAGCGUUAUUAUGUUUCUAUGUGUGUACAAGACUAUAAUAUACUAAUUGGCUAACAUUGAUAAUGUUAUCAGGAUGAGUCACACAAUGAACUGCACAAUAAAUUGCUUUGGGUUCAUAUUUCAUUGAAGUUCAAAUAUGCAAAUGAGCAUUCAGCCAAUUGCUAAAUGUAUGUGGUGAGCAUCCUGACCAAUCACUGAUAAAUUAAAGUAUUCACGUGAUGCACUAAA